AGAUACGAAGAAGAAAUAAUGCCUUACAUGCAAGGAAUGAUCGAAAUCAUAUGGCAACUCCUUGUUGAAACCGAUAAUCGAUUGAGGUUUGAUACAUUGGUGAAUGCAGCGUUGGGUUUCCUAUCGUCAAUCUGCACUCGACCACAAUAUUCGGCGAUGUUCGAAGCUGAUGGAGUGCUGAAGACAAUUUGCGAAGACGUUAUCGUAAAGAAUUUAAUGUUGCGAAAAUGUGACAUUGAGCAGUUUGAGGAUGAACCACAUGAGUAUAUGAAACGAGAUAUUGAGGGCUCAGAUAUUGAUACACGACGUCGAGGCGCUAGUGAUUUUGUGCGAGCGUUGUGUCGUCGUUUCGAGGCGCAAGUCACCGGAAUACUUUCGGCUGUGAUAACGGCAUUUCUGGCUGAAUACACUCAGGAUAGAGCCGGGAACUGGCUGAAGAAGGAUGUGAUCUAUUGUCUAGUGACUGCAAUGGCCACAAAGGCUGAAACGUCUCGAUUCGGUGCAACAAGCACGAGUGAUUUGGUUAAUGUAGUGGAUUGCUAUCAGACACACGUACGAACGGAUCUGUUUGAUGAAGAUGUGAACAGUUUGCCGAUUCUGAAGGCUGAUUCGUUGAAAUACGUUGUGACAUUCCGAAAUCAACUUCAACCCGAACAACUGGUUGAAGUAGUCGCAGUGAUACCGAAGCUAUUGGCCUCAUCGCAUCCAAUCUUGCACUAUUAUGCGGCAUACGCACUCGAGAGGAUUAUGCUUGUGAAAAAUAAGCAAACGAAUCAGGUAGUGGUUUGGUUGGAUCAAUUUUUGUUGAUUUGUUUGGGUGUUUGUUUAUUCGAUUGUUGUCGUAUUUUUAGAUAUUCAUUUGUUCAUUUGAUCCGUUUUGUUCGUGCUUGUUGCUGUAAACGUGAGAAUGUUCAGGUGCUGAUAUCGAGGGAUAACGUGCAAGCUGGACCGUUGAUAGCAUCGCUGUUCAAUGCGUUCGACACGACGCCAAAUUCACAGAAUUCNUGUUUUUCCUUAUCGAUUCAUUCACUUAUUUGUUUAUUUUUAGAGUUAGGUCACUCAUUCAUUUUUUUUUCCAUUUCUUUAUCGGGAACAGUGCAAAGUUGCGGUGAGAUCGUCAACAAACUGGCCACAAUGAUCGCGAGUGCAGUGAAGAAUCCAGUGGAUCCGUUACAUAUUCAUUUCGUUUUUGAAUCUCUUUGUAUAUUGAUACGACAGGUUUAUACGGUCGUAGACGGUGGAGUUGAUAAGUUUAUUUUACCGUUGAUCGAGAAUAUUUUGGCGAAUGAUGUGGUUGAUUUUAUACCGUAUUCGCUUCAAAUCACCGCAUUGUUACUUGAUCAAGCACAAGCGCAAAGAGCCAAAACGGGUAGUUCGACUGUGGUCGAUAGUUAUUUGCCUUUCUUCAACUUCUUAAUGAAGGAAGAGUUGUGGAUUCGAACAGCGAACAUUCCGGCUGCUUUAUUGGUGCGAUUGCGAAUAAUUUCACAUUUAAUUUGCUAACAACAUUAUGGUCAACUGGUCGAAGCAGUCGUCAAACUGGUGGAGGCAUCGGGUUGUGGACCAACACCGGUGGUGACUGAAGAAGACGAUCGAACAGAGACGGGUCUGGUUGGCGAGAAGGGAGCUUAUUCGGCGAUAGAAUUGGAAUACAAUGACCCUUAUUGUAAACUCACUUAUGCACAACAUCAGGAUAAGAUUGCGAGUGAAAUUGCGAAUUUUAAAGCGUAUUUGGCUCAAGCAGUUAUGGUUCGUGCGACGUCGAUUCGACCAGAUUCGGGUGCGUGUAUCAAUGAACAGUUACGAGGCAUACUUACCGCAUAUGCGCAAUCGUGA